GUGGACUGCAAGGUUCACGAAACGUUGGCAUUCCAAGAAUGGAUUUGGACACGGAGAAAACCUGCAAAACGGAUAACCUUCAUACAGAAAGCACCCGUGGAAGCCUCAAGAUCUAUCUGUAGAGUUAAUUAUAUUAUUUCUAUAUCCAAAAACUGCAAUAAAGCAAAAACAUAUACGAGCAACGAUUACGAAGUCGUUUACAAUGUUUACAUCAGCAUUGGAGGUUUACUCGCAUUACUAGCGGCUUGCAGUUAUCUCUCCCUUGCUGAGCCGAGCAUACGUCAAAUUUUUACUUUUCAUUCUUCAACCAAUGUAUGUACUUACAAGUACCAUGUAAUAAUUAAGUUAAGAAAUUGGAUAACACUAACGAUUAGAAACGAAUAGAAACAGCUAGACUAGACGAAGAAAAGCGCGGCAGGAGUGAGGUUAGGUUAUUUCGAAUAUCCUGUCGAGUUGCGAACGGUGGAUAAAGCAAUUGCUACUCGCAAUCAUAACAGAGUUACACAUUAACAUAUAUCAAUUAUGUUUUCGAAAAAUGUCAAGACUACAUUAUUGUGCGGCUCGAAAGACUUGAGUAAAUCUUUUAUGUUUGAGGCUGCGACGUAUUGGGCGGAAGAGGGACAACGGGUCGUUUAUAUUACCCCGAUACCUCUGGAAAAACAACCGGCGGCUUGUCACGACAGAAGGAAUCCAUCAGUCGCCGCGCUCAAACUAAUGAGAUUCGUAUAUUUGUUGGAUUACGAAGCUCUCGUGGAACAACUUUUUAAAUUGCACACCUAUGCAGCAGUACCUUCUGUGCUUUUGAUAGAUGACUUGGACGAUUAUCUCUUGAGUGACGAAGCUCCUGGAGAUGAUGAUAAUUCAAGGUCGCGUAUCGCCAGAGUUUGCGCCUUGAUACUCCAUUCGAUGAAGUCGUGUUCACGAAUUUUAAAAAAGAAUGUACAUGUGUGCGCAUGGACCAGUUCUAGUCUCAUCAAUAACUUCAUUCAGACAAUUUAUUUUCGCAAUAUCUGGAAUUUAACGGAGAAGGAAGAUGGGAAAAUAAUUUUGGUGGAAAGGUGUUCUAUUAGAUCAUCGUUAGAACAAUCGUACGUAUAUUAUAAAUUCCAAGAUGGGAUGCGAGUUCUUCAACAAAUAUUAGGCGAUUCAGUGGAGGUUUAAUGAUAUUUUUAUU